UAGUGCUGAGAAUUCACAGGAACAAGAGCAAGAGAGAAAGGGAGGCAGAAUACGGCUCAGCCCUGAAGCCGGGGCCAGAGGAGGCUGCGGAGCGGGAGCCCGCGUCGAAAGGAGGAAGCGGGGAUCUCGGUGACACCCCUAGAAGGGGCCUCUGAGCACCAGGAAGGUGUGGCCACAGAAGCUCUGAGUGAGAAGAUGAGGUGCAGCCGUUAGCCCGGGACGCCAGAAAACGAAUUUCCCUGGGAGAAACGCCAGAGAGAACUUGGGCCUCACACCAGCCAGCAGCUUCUCACCGCCUGCCCUUCCCCACAAGGAAGGGGCUCCAGCCCGAAUCCCCGCCCAUCUCCGAUUUGCCUGCACCUCCUCCAGCACCGAUAGAUCUUCUUGGCAAAGCUGCCCCCAAAGAUUCCUGCUAACACUUGUCUGGUCCUGCCUCUUGCAAAGCAUGGCACCCACAGUGCUCCAGGAAGCAUCUUAAAUCCCACUUGCUGGCAGCUGUGGCGAGGGACGCCCUGUGUGGCUCAUCCUCCGUCCCUUUGGACUCUGGGAGCUGCACCCAUCCUAGCGAUGCCCUCGGGAGCCUUGGCCCCAGCUGGAUGAGACAUUCCAGAGCCGGAUCUGACCUUACCACCCAGCAAGACUCCCACGCUGCCCUCCCCCACCUCCCUGGCAGACCCUAGGAUGUCGGUGCCCCAGGUCCAAGUAGAAGAAGCGGUGUGUGGGGAAGAAGGGCCAGCAGGAGCAGCCCCACCUCCCGAUGACCACCUCCGGAGCCUGAAGGCCCUCACAGAGAAACUGAGGCUGGAGACCCGCAGGCCCUCCUAUCUGGAAUGGCAGGCCAGGCUGGAGGAGCAGACCUGGCCCUUCCCGAGGCCGGCAGCCGGGCAGCGGGACUGUGCAGAGAAGGAGCCCGUGCUCCCCCUGAGGGCACCUGGGCAGCAUCCCCCACCUAACAGGCGUGCCAGCCAGGAUGACGAGCCCCAGGCCACGGGCAGGCUGGAGGGCUUCGAGAGCAUUGACGAAGCUCUAGCAUGGCUCCGGAAGGAACUGGCACAGAAAUCCUUCCUUGGGUGGAUGAUUUCCAGGGCUCCCUUAGGUCAGGAAUGCAGUCUUCUGAGGAGGAGGGAAGCCAAUGAGCAUCCCCUUUCCACGAAGGGGUCACAUCACCCGCCAGAGCCACUCAUGGCCUCAUGGGCUGGUCUGGGACUGUCUCAGUCCAUUCAGGCCACUGCAGUGAUAUCUCAGACUGGGAGGCUGAUAAACCACACAGCACCAGCCAUCACAGUUCUGGAGGCUAGAAUCUGGGAUCCGGGCCCUCUUCUGAGUCAGACUGCAACGUGUCCUCACAUGAUGGAAGAGACGGAGAUGCGUCUGCAGGACCAGCAGCUGGCGCGGCAGCUGAUGCGCUUGCGCAGUGACAUCCACAAGCUGAAGAUCGAGCAGACCUGCGACCUCCACCGGCGGAUGCUCAACGACGCCACCUACGAGCUGGAAGAGCGGGACGAGUUGUCCGACCUCUUCUGCGACGCCCCGCUCGCCUCCUCCUUCAGUCUCUCAGCACCACUCAAGCUUAUUGGGGUCACCAAGAUGAACAUCAACUCGCGAAGGUUUUCUUUGUGCUGAGAAGCCCUAGAAGGGGCGGUGAAGCCAGAACGAGGGGGCGGGUGGGAGAUGCGGGAAGGGAGCUGAGGUCCAACUACCCGAGUGUGUCUCCCGGAGGCAGGGCUUCCCCGGGACCUGUGGCAGGUGCUCUCGGGGCACGUCUGCUGCCAGCGUCCCUAUGCCUGGCCCUGGCUUAAUACCCAAAGAGUCCUGCAGAAGGGCCACUCCAUCCGAUGUUCACUGAGACCUUGUCCCCAGCAGACACGUCUCAUCCUCCCCUCACCCACAUCCCUGUUUUCUAGAAUCACUGGUGCUAUGACCUGGGAACCCAAAGGGGGCCCCCAACGCUGUGAUUCUUGCAGAAGGCUUCCCCGAGGGCACCGAACCCCAGUGGAGAGGUGAUCAGAUAUGUCAGUCUUGCCAUCUCUCUGGUGCUGGCCUCUGAGUACUGGCUUGCAUUGACCCUAAGUGGUGACUCAGUCACCUCGACAGGGGCCCAUCAGGAAAGGACUAACAUGGUUGCUGGGGUGGGGGAGCCAGGCCACAGCCACAGCCAGGGUCCUGGUGAGGUCAUCGACCUUGGCCCUGCGGGUGUGGGGUAGGUAAGUUGUUUCCAGUUUGUGCCCAGCACACCAGUGUAGCCAGCAUGGGGCAGGCAUGGCUACACCCUGCUGCCCGCCCUGGCCGCUUACACCAAUCCCAACCUCCAAAGAGCCCUCUGCCACCACCCCACAACCCCAGGGAGUGCCCAGGAGUGGAUUUCCCUAUAACAGAAUCUCACAGAAGCCAGCAGAGGCCUCCUAUGGAUUCUGAUGUCACCUCUGCCACCUCCGUGCCCUCCCCAGAGGCUUGCCCUGAGCCGCCUCUGAGAUUCUGUGCCUGACUUAAACAACUAAUUUUAAUUGAAUCAGACAGACUGUUACUAAUCUGUUGCUAACUUGUUAAUAACUGUUUGAUUUUUGUCCAAAUGGCAGAGCCAGUGGGUAGGUCCAGUGCAGAGGUUCAGGGUUUGGUUUUACAAGCUUCUCCCACAAGACAAGGGUAAGGAUCAGUAAAGUGAGGGCUGAGGCCUCGACGGGUUAGGAAGUUAGGCCGGUGGCACACUACCUGCCAGGGGAUUGACCUUUGAUCCAUCUAGUCCAGCCCUCUGGUUCACAAAAGAGUGAGGCCAGGGAAGGAACAUGGCCUCCCUCAGGUUCCAGAGCUCUUUAGCGGCUAUAGAAUAUUGGUAUAUUAAAUCAUCAUCAAUAAUGCCUACACCAAUCACAUGUCAAUGAACUUGAACUCCAAAGAUGGUACUGACGCUUUGCUCACAAACCACUAACCCAUCUACUCUCCACCUCACUCAGCCCUGUCAUCUCCCAAGUUACACUUCCUACUGCUGCCAGGAUUCACCAUCAAAGUGAGGUGUCCUGUUGCUUUGUCUUUCCUGCUUUGUCUUCCUGUAUCAUUUCACUGGGGCCCAUGGGCACACACGCACGCACACGCGCACACACACACCAUGACCCACGCUGGGGAAAGCUUGCCUUUCUCUUGUAGGCCAGGAGUGGGAGUUUGUAAAUGAUUGGUUCCUAGUUAGAAAAGAAGUUGGUGUUUCCUUGUGAUUUCAAAGACGGUAUAACCACAUUCCCGAGAUCUGUUUUUGCCCUGACUCUGAGCAGUGGCAGAAGUCUGAGGCCCAGGAGGCCUCAGUGGAAGCCCAGACCUGUCAGGCCUGUUCCUGGGGGAAGGAGGCAGACUUCUCUGCCCAGCACUGUGUCUCCUCAGGGAUUUUGGACAAGCCCUCCCAGGUCUUACAGGGGCCUGCCUGCCAGGCUUCUUCCAGAAGAGUCCUGGAUCCUCGGGUAUUGGCUGCCGUGCACACACGCACACUCACUCUGCAGAGACUCACUUGAACCCGCACAGGCAAGCCUGUUCCAUAUUCUGAAAAAAGGCCACACUGAUUAUUUUUCUUUCUAAAAAUCAGUCAUUACAGUAACUGAAAAAGCUGGGUCCAACCAAAGCUGAGUGACUUGGUUGAAUUCUAUCAACGCAACCGGGCAAUGCCGUUGCUCAGUGAGUCCAGUGAUUCCUUUCUUUGUUCUCUGAGAUCAAGGCAUACACUUUUUGGAGGGGUGUCGCUGUCUUGGUCAUUUUGCUUAGUUCAUCCCAGGAGAAUUUUAUUUUGGGGAUAAGGCAAGAGGGGGUCAAGAAGAGAAGUGGGGGGAAAAGACAGAUGUGUUUUCUUACUCAUUGUCCAGUGUCUUUUCACAUCCUUAUUUCCAUGGUGAACACAGUUCAGUUCAGCUGCGAACUAACACGGUGAACAAACCAGGUCAGUUCAGCUUUGUGAAGUCCCCGACUCGUGUGGGUCAAGACACAUUUGGGACAGUCACAGCCUAAGCGGCAUCACCAGCUCCCCAGGGCAACCUUCUGGCUUACCACACAUAUGGGACACUGUUGCAGUUUUACUCAUUAUCUACCCGUCUCUGUGCGUCUCCUAAGGAGCUCUGGGUGUAAAACACGAAGUCUCUGUUGAAGCUGCCAAGUGGGGUGAAGUCUGAGGCCUUUGUGGGCUCCUGGGAGCCCAGGCAGGCUUGGGAUGGCCUGACCCAGCCCCAACGUCCUCCCUGUAGCAAUACCAAGUGCUAUUAUAUAAUUGAUGGACAGUUUAUAAUUUUAUUUUUUAUGAUUAUUUGUUUCUAUAUUGCUGUAGAAAAAGUGAAAUAAAAAUUGCUUCAAAAGAAGAC